UUACACCUCCAAGCUUUGCUAUAUAAAUAAGUGUUGUUACAUUGCAAUAUAAACAUAACAUAACAAAACAAAGAAGAAGAAAAACAAAAACAAAAAGAGAAGAGAAAUAUGGGUUUUACUGAGAAUCAAGUGGCUUUGGUGAAUAGCUCAUAUGAAUCAUUCAAACAAAACCUUCCUACCUAUAGUGUUUUGUUCUACACUAUUAUAUUGGAGAAAGCACCUGCAGCAAAAGACUUGUUCUCCUUUUUAAAGAAUGGUGUUCAAGAUAGUCCUCAACUUCAGGGCCAUGCUAUUAAGGUUUUUGGAUUGGUGCGUGACUCAGCUGCUCAACUUCUAGCAAAAGGUACAGUAGUUUUAGGAGAUGCUACAUUGGGUGCUGUUCAUGUUCAGAAGGGAGUUGUUGAUCCUCAUUUUGUGGUGGUUAAAGAAGCUUUGCUACAAACAAUAAAGGCAGCAGCAGGGGACACAUGGAGCGAAGAACUCAACACUGCUUGGGAACUCGCCUAUGAUGGAUUGGCAAUUGAAAUUAAGAAGGCAAUGAGUUGAACUUUGGGUGAUAUAUUUAAAAUUAAUAAAUACUAUAUAUGUAUUACUAAAACUUGUUAGUAACAAGUUUCUAUAAUAAAGGAACUACCAAAAAGUUCUCUAUAAUAAAUGUAAACGUUAUUCAAAAUAAUUAUGCAAUAUUAUUCGUGUUUAUGCUAGUGAA